UGGGAGUUUCGAACCCGGAAGUUUUAGGACAGCCAGGACUCAUUUCACCACCGCACCUAUGGAGUGUUCAGUAGCUUACCGUCCCUGAUUUGUUUCCUUUAGAAAGCCAUGCAAAAGUGACCCGAAUUACGUACAAUACAAUUAUCUGUUCGGGCAGUGAGCGUUACUCCUUUUGGACCUCAGGAACCCGCCAUGGCAUCGACCGGAGAGGAUGUUCCCGAGCGGGGGCCGGGGCUCGCGGACAGCAUGUCGAUCCACGGCAGCACGGAGAAGCUGAGCCCCUCCGCCGUCAACCGCAUCAUGAUGGAGUUCCUCAUGUAUUUCGGCCGGGCUUUGCUGAUCUUCUACCCCGUGUACCUGACGGGGUACCUGGGCCUCAGUAUCAGCUGGGUGGUGCUGUGCAUGGUGAUGGUCACCUGGUGGAAGAAGAACCGCCAGUGGAAAGACGCCCGGAUCGGAGGCGCCAUUCACUUUCUGGAUAACGAGACUAGUGUGGUGAACAAGGAGCUGCAUAGUGCCUUACAAAUGGCUUCAUGGGUCCACUUUCCUGAUUUUGAGAAAGUUGAAUGGCUUAACAAGGUGUUGGAGCAGGCCUGGCCCUUCUUUGGGAUGUACAUGGAGAAGCUCCUGAAGGAAAACAUCCAGCCGGCCAUCAGACUCUCCAGCUCUGCGCUCAAAAUGUUCACCUUCACCAAGGUCCACUUUGGACACUUACCUCUUAGAAUCACUGGAAUGAAAGCAUACACAGAUGAAGUGGAUCAUAGGGAGGUGGUUCUGGACCUAAAUAUAUGUUAUGAAAGUGACGUGGACAUCGACGCUGAGGUGCAGCCGCCGAUCAAAGCUGGCGUCAAAGGACUUAAACUCCAGGGAAUGAUGAGGGUCAUUCUGGAGCCUCUUAUUGGUCAAGCACCACUGAUUGGAGGAGUCACCUUUUUCUUCAUUCGCCGCCCUACCCUUCAAAUCAACUGGACUGGCAUGACCAACCUUUUGGACAGCCCUGGCUUCAGCUCCUUGUCUGAGGGGACAAUAAUGGACAUCAUCGCCUCGCUCAUGGUGCUGCCCAACCGCAUGUGUAUACCCCUCAUAGACCAAGUCAAAGUCGACCAGAUGAGGUUCCCACUACCCCGAGGCGUGGUGAGGGUCCACUUGCUUGAGGCUAGAGACCUGGUGGCGAAGGACACAUACAUGAUGGGAUUAGUCAAGGGCAAAUCAGAUCCCUAUGCAACUCUCAGAGUGGGCAACAGACAAGUCAAAAGCAAGACAGUCAAAGAGAAUUUGCACCCCAGAUGGAAUGAAGUGUAUGAGUUUGUCGUCCAUGAAGCCCCAGGGCAGGAGCUGGAGUUGGAGAUGUAUGAUGAGGACACAGAUAAAGAUGACUCCCUGGGAACGUUUAACCUUGAUUUCGGAGAAGUGAAAAAGAAGAUAGAAAUGGAUCAGUGGUUUCCUCUGGUAGGCGUCCAGAAUGGAGAAGUUCAUCUCAAGCUCCAGUGGUUUUCCCUUAAGUCUGAGCCCGAACUGCUGAGGGAGUCUUCAGAUGGCCUUGCUUGUGCCAUGCUUGCAGUGUAUCUGGACAAUGCCUCAAACCUACCAAAAGACCACAGCGAGAUGACGGAGCAUCAGAAACACAAGAAGCCUGCAAAAGAAGCUCGGCUUACAAAGAGAGCUGCCACCCUGAACUCCUAUGUGGAAUUUGCCAUUGAUAAGGAUGUUAAGAAAAGCAAGGUUGCGUAUGCAUCUAAAGACCCAAAGUGGGAGGAGGGCUUCACCUUCUUUGUGCAUAAUGUCAAAACACAGCAGCUCAUGAUUCAGGUCAAAGAGCAUGAUAAGAAGACUCAGCUCGGUAUUUUCAACUUGCCCCUGAGUCGCCUCCUCGACACCUCCGACAUGACUUUAGACCAGCGCUUUGUGCUGGAACGCUCCGGAGCCAACAGCCAGAUCCAGCUGAAAGCCACUCUCAGGAUUCUCACUGUCGAAAAGCCUCCACCCACGAUUAUUCUAAACCCUUCUCCACAAGACAAAAAACAAAUACCACAGACUAACCAAGGAGGUAAGGCUCCUGCAUCCACUCCCGCUGUAGCUACAUCCUCCUCUGCAGCACUUUCCCCCAACACCAACCCCACUUCCACACCCUCAACUGCAUCCUGGGACACCAAGAGUCGCUCAGAUGAAAUCUGGCGGCCGCCACCCUCCACACCGAACAUGCGUCGUCGCUAUGACUCCCAGAGCCUGUUGUCAGACAACUCCAUCGCCUCGUCACGUUUUGACCUUUCAGAUGGGGCAUCUUAUCCAGAGGCCAUCAGCAAACAUCAGGGUUCAUUUGGGGAGAUCCAGCUGACUGUACGCUACGCCAGCCUGAGGAACAAACUCAUCGUCCUGGUUAACUCCUGCAGGAACUUAUUCCGCACCAGUGAGAAUGGCACAGACUCUUAUGUCCGCCUGUAUUUCCUCCCUGACCAAACCUGGAUACAUCGCAAGAGGACGCAGGCCAAGAAGAGGACAGUCAAUCCUGUCUUCAAUCACAAGUUUGAAUUUGAUGUUUCACUUCAAGAAGCACAAACCAGGAAGUUGGAUGUGUCCGUGAAAAAUGGGAAAAUGUUCCACUCGCGGGAGAGGAAAGACAUUGGCAUGGUGAUGAUCGAUCUUUCACAGUUGGAAUUAGCCAAAGGCGUCACAGAAUGGUAUGAGCUCACACUGCCUGGCCUGAAGCUGUAAAACUUCUGUUUGCAGAUUAAAGAGCAGCUCCACAGGCACUGAUACAGUAAAUAUUGGGAGAGGUGCAUAGUCCUUUGUUUUCCUUAUCAACGUGGACCAGAGUUGGGUUUUUCAAAUACACCACUAAUCCCAUCUGAGAUACUGGGUAUGUUUUGUUACUGUAUUUGAAGGCUCUGCACUCACGUACCUGCACCUACUUAGGGAAUAAAGUGUUACAGAAACCCCUAUGAUAUGACCAAAUAUUUUUGAGCAGACAUACAGCUGCCUAUUAGACUACCCAGAUUAUGCAACGUGUCAUUUUCCCUUCUUCUUGUUAUUCCUCAAAUAGAGGACAGCAAACAUGUAUAUUUUUUUCCUGCUUUGGACUAUUCUUAUUUUUUUACUUGUGUGUUCCCUACAAAAGAGCAUCUUCAUUCCACAUGUUUUAUUUGUUGAUGUUCCUGAAUAAUAAUGCUUUUGCUAAGCAUGAAUUGACCUUGUUAUGUAAAAAUAAUUACUCUAUCAGAGCACGAUUGUAUUUAUACUUCACAAGAAACAAGAUAAUUAUGUAAUUUGGAUUUGUUCUUUGUAAGAGGUUUGGGUUUUGACUCGAUCUGAGCCAAAGUUAACCUUUUGUGUUUUUGUGUAAAUAUUUUGGUAGUAUUGAUAGUUUUGAUGUACUAUUUUGUAUUGGGGGAAAUAAAGCAAGUGUGUGUGUAUUGCAGCAA